UUGAAUCCAUAAUUGUGUUGCUGAUAUUUUUCACCCCCCCAAAAGAUGUCAGCGUCCUACUGUCCAUUUCCUCUUCGGCAUAUAGGAGACUGUUUGAAAUCAAAAGAAAAACAAGCUCGGUAACAAAAUGUCAUGUCCGAACAACGUGGCAGCCAACACAUUCCUGAUGGACACGCUGGUGGGAGGAACAUCUCCAUACAGAGGUGAGGGUUAUUCCACGAACUCUGUAAUGUACAUGCAACCGUCUGCAGAAUAUGGAUUCUCCAUGAUGGGUAGUUUUGGAAUUGUUGGUACCCCUCUAUCCAAGCGGGAUGAGCUGCAGCCGAGCGGGAUGCAUCUGAGUAGUUUUCAGCAUUCGCAUUACCUGUCGCAGCGGGACACAUGGACUGCAGGCUCUAAAACUUACAGGGGCUCGCAACCUGUUGCCCAGCCUUUGCACCCGUGCUCAUAUCCAGCCAGUAAUGUUAAGGAGGAAGCUCUCCCUUGUCUUUACCAGACUAAUAACGAUAGCGCCAAGGAGUCCGCUGAGAAAUCCACCUACAUCCGUCUGGGAGACAAUAACAGCCACCCGAAUCAAAGCGCCGUCUCCACCCCCGAUUAUUUCCGACGGAGCCAGGUGUACACCAAUGAAAGGGGCCACCAUGGAGAUGACUUCGGCUCGGACUUUAAUCCAAUGCCCAGAAUAACAACGCGUGUAGAGACACCAGCAGCAGAUUCGUGUGUCAAAACCAAAAAAGCGAGGCAGAAACCAGAAGACAAGGGAGGAAAUACGCAGGAGGACGACAUGGAUCAGAGACAGUCUAGAAAAGAGGACAGUGUCUCAAAAACAGACAGUUGUAGCGACGAUUCCGAGUGCGAAUUGAAAGACGAGGCUACAUUGGAAAUAGCAACGGGAAACUGGCUAAAAGCGAAAAGUGGACGAAAAAAGAGAUGUCCAUACACAAAGCAUCAGACACUUGAGCUGGAGAAGGAGUUCUUGUUCAACAUGUACUUGACUCGAGAGCGCCGUCUGGAGAUCAGCAAGAGUAUCAACCUCACAGACAGACAGGUCAAGAUCUGGUUCCAAAACAGAAGGAUGAAGCUAAAGAAACUCAACAGAGAAAGUCGCGUCCGGGAGCUAACUGGCUAUAGCUUCAACUGAGGGCUAAACAAACAGACAAAAGAAAAAAUUAGCAAAUACUGUUUUUGUCUUCCUACGUCCAGACCCUUUUUCUUUUCCCAUUCUUUCCACAUUUAUUCUCUUUCAUUCACAGACUCACACGCAUGCAUAAAAUCUAAAAUGGCAAAUCAGGGCCCUGGGGGUAAAACGUUGGUUCAUGACUUUAAUUGCAAAGGGACUGGAGCCUAUUUCAAACAUUAUAAAAUAUUUAACUAUAAUUUAAUUAACACUUUAUCCUGAUUUAUAAUUGUAGAAAACACUCGUAUAAUAUUGAAAAUAUGGCAAUUGUUAAAGGGUCCGAAAUUUGAUGAAAAUUUUCGCGGAAGAUUUGCAUUAUACUCCCAACCCAAAAUUCUAGAAACGAGAUGUCUACUUGAUGUCUUAGAUUAGCCUAUGUGCUGUCAGUGCGCUUGUCCUAUACAUUGCGUGCUCUGUAUUUUGCAUGCUUUGUUCUUCAAGUGUAUAUGUCAAUUUAAUGUUUAAUUGGAGAGGGUGUAAAAUAAAACGGGGUGGGAAAACCUAGUGUCCUUGUAUGUCCUUCCCCUAGCAUAUUUCUCAUGUAUUCUUCUUGAGAGAUAAUUUUUCGCUGAGGACAGAGAGGAGCGGUAGAAAGUGCAAAGCACUUCGAAUAUGAAGAGACCCAUAACGUUGAUUUAAAUAUUAUCCAGGUGACCACAGUAAGUCAAGGUCAUAAAAUUGUAAUGUCAUGACGGUCCUGGA